AUGCUUCAUCAAUUUUAGGAGUUGGAAAAGCUGGGUUCAGGGUCGUUCAGCGAGGUUUGGAAGGUAAUGAGGAGGGUUGACCAUCAAGUUUAUGCAAUGAAGAAAAUAAAAAUGGGUACUCUUAAUGAGAAAGAGAAAUAGAACGCUCUAAAUGAAAUUAGACUAUUAGCUUCUUUGAAUCAGGAGUUCAUUAUAGGAUACAAGGAGGCUUUUUAUAUUGAUGAAACCUAAACUUUGGGGAUUAUAAUGGAAUACGCCGAUGGAGGAGAUGUUGCAAAAUAAAUUACAAACAAAAAGAACAAAACCCAAAAGUUUCAAGAACAGGAUAUCUGGCAAGCCCUGAUCUAGAUCACUCAGGGUUUGAAGGAAUUACAUGAAAAACUGAUAUUUCACAGAGAUGUUAAAUCAGCCAACAUUUUUAUCUAAAAUGGGGUCUAUAAGUUAGGAGAUCUAAACGUUUCGAAAAUAGCCCAAAGAGGUCUAUUGUACACUUAGACAGGCACUCCAUACUAUGCAUCACCCGAAAUCUGGAGAGAUGAACCAUACGACAAUAAAUCAGACAUCUGGUCCUUAGGGUGUGUUUUGUAUGAGAUGUGCAAUCUGCAUCCUCCAUUUCAAGCUUUGGAUAUGGAAGGCCUGUAUAAAAAGAUCCAGAAAGGAAUCUACCCUGCCAUAAAUGGGUAUAGUAAUUAAUUAGUUUCAUUGAUUGGUUAAAUGUUGAGGCUUAAUGCAUCAGCUAGACCUAGUUGUGAUUAGAUUUUAAAUAGUAAUUUAAUGAAUUCUGAUUUUAGUAGAUUGUACAUCAAAACACCCUCUAUAGCUAUUAAUAAAAGAAUGAUGAAAACAAUCUAACUUCCCAAAAAUCUUAAUACACUCAAUGAUAUUCUACCAACAAAGAAGUACUACAAUGAAAACAAAGAAAAUGAUAAUGAAUCUGUUAGAUAUAGUGUUUAAUCUUCAAAACUUAUACCCUUAAAUAGAAAAUCAGUCAAUAAUUCUUGCAUUGAAUAUGAGAAAAGAUUCUACAGAAUUGCCUCUGUUCAUGAAGAAAUAUUACCAACCUUGCCAUCUGAAUAUCGAUAACCAAAGGUUGUUACAAGAAGAAGACCAAGUAGUUAAUAUAAAGAAGAGGAAAUAAACCUAGAAAAAAGAGCUGAGGCUAUUGUCUCAAGAAAAUAGUUAUAAAAAUAAUUAUCUGAAUAACACCCUCUGCCAAAACCUGUUUUAAAGAAAUAAAUGAGCAAUCUUCCUUAUUUAUACAGAAACGUCAAUGAAUCAGAAAGAUAAGAAAAUAACAAAUCUAAAUAUCAUCAAUCUCCUAAUAACUAUGCUCGUAGGAAUAUUAGGAAAUAAAUUACUUCAUAAUAAUGA